CCCGGGGGGGUCCCGCCCCGCUGGGUUUGGGGCUGCAGCGCCCACACGGCCCCACACGAGGAGGGGACAUGAUCGGAGCCGGGGCCGCGCUGCUCUGCUGUUCGCUGCUGACAGCCGGGGCCCUGCGUCCCGCCUUCGGGGACAUCGCCCGCGUCACCUGGAGGACCCGGGGGACCCACAUCGCUGAGGCCAAGCCCGGUGAGAAGAAGUUCUCCGUGGGUUUCCUGCCCAGUUUCCGCGAGCGGCUGCUCAUCCACCCCAACAACCUCUCCCUGGAGAUCCGAGGGCUGAGGCUGGAGGACAGCGGGAGCUACGAGGUGGUUGUGGACACCUCGUCUGACCCCACCGCCCCAAAGACCCUCCAGUACCGUCUGUGGGUUCAUGGUGACCCCUCCAGGCCUGGUGACGCCGUAGGACACGGUGGCAGCACCGUCACAGGACACGGUGGCAGCACCGUCACACCCCGAGGGGUGACCGAGCCACGGGCUGGAGACCCCACAAGGCAGGACACGGAUUUGGGGCAGCCCCCCGAGGGCAGAGGGGGGCCGGGGACGUGCGGGGGGUGGGGACACUACUGUGAGCUCAAGGGUUACCUCGUGGCCGCCGUCCUGGGGCCGCUGCUGGUGCUGGUGGUCACCGUCCACCUGGUGACCAGGGACAAGGCCACCGAGCUGGGGGACGAGGUUUCAGCAGGAUCUGAGUCCCCUGGCACUGCCAUCCCACUGGGAUCAUCCCCAUGGCAACGAUGAGCCCCUGUUUGUGCUCCGCUGCCUCGGUGUCCCCAUCCAGGGAAAGCCUCAGUGUCCCCAUCCAAAAAAAAGCCCCUGCGGGAUGGGAAGUGCAGGACGUGAGGCAGGGAUUUCACAAGCGAUGCCACUUCCUCCCAGAGGCCACCAGAGCUGCCACCCCCAGGUCCUGGCAGGACCCAAACACAUCCUGGCACAGCCCCUCUCCUCACACACCCAAAAUCCAGGGAUCCCGGGGCAUCGCCAGGCUCAUCUUUCCAACCCCAAAUGUGCCAUGAGAUAACCCAGAGUGCCAUAAAACCUCCCCCAGUUUAUAAUCAGUGAAUUAUUUACUGGUGACCCUGAGCAGACGCUGCGCAGCAUAAAUUAUUGAGUGGCAGAUCUGUCAAAAAGUUCUCAUAAAUAAGUUAUCUGGUGCCGUCCUUAAUGUUCCCAGUAAAUUACUCAU